AUGCAUAAACUAAUCAGAUUCUGGAAAAGCUGUAGGCUUGUUACCGGGCAAAAGAGUCCACCAUUACCCUGGUGGCAGGAUCCGAAGACUAAAAUUCGACAGCUUCCCAUCCCAGAAUUCUUGGAGCAACGACUGAGAACAAUCGAGUUAAGAGAUGAUUUACGGUCCGAAUCGAGUAAGAAGCUUCGAAUGAUAGAGGAGUGUCUUUGGAUGGCGAAAAUUUUGGACGGCGACUUGAAUCCUGCAGCCAGUGAUAUAAGUCGCCAACAAGAACUAUUAGAUAAAUUAGAAAUUGUAUGGCAGGAGCGUAAAGUAUAUAACACAGACGAUACCGAGAACGAAAUGAUCUCCAAGAUAAGACAAUGGGGAAAGCGGAAGCCACAUACCCAUAAACACCUUUAUACUUCAUCACAGUUGAUUAUCGGCACCAAUCUCGAUACUAGCUCAGGAACGCUAGCUAGCACAGCUAGAAGUCCAAUUCUUUCCGAGAAAGACAACUUACGAUUGCACAAGGCGUCGGACUCACUCAUCCCACUAAAAGAUUUAUGUCAAGUUCGAGAGAAAAUGCCUCGGAGGUCGUCAGCCCGUCUUUCCAAAAAAAAAAAAGGCUACAGAGCGAGACUAUAG